UCUAAAUCUGUUUCAUUCUUGUCUGGUGUUGCUGAAAUUUAUAAGAAAAAAUUGUAAACUAAAUGGAAUCAGCAGGACAAGUUAUUAAAUGCAAGGCGGCUGUGACAUGGGAAAAAGAUGCACCCUUUUCAAUUGAGGAGAUAGAAGUUGCUCCCCCAAAAGCCCAUGAAGUUCGUAUUAAGCUGAUAGCAACAGGUAUCUGUCGGUCUGAUGACCAUUCACUCGAGGGGAAAUUUGCAGCUGUAAAAUUCCCAGUUAUUCUUGGCCAUGAGGGAGUUGGUAUUGUUGAAAGCAUUGGAGACGGUGUGAAAGACAUUAAGCCAGGAGACAAAGUCAUUCCAUUAGUUGCACCUCAAUGUGGAAAAUGCCAGUGUUGCAAGGAUCCAAGGACUAAUAGAUGUCUCACCAGACUGAAAAGACAAUUUGGACUCAUGUCUGAUGGCACCAGCAGAUUUACCUGCAGAGGGAAGCAAAUCUACCACUUCAUGAACACCAGCACUUUUACUGAAUACACUGUAGUUGAGGAAAUGGCAGUUGCUAAGAUUGAUGAUAAUGCAACAAUGGAUAGUGUCUGUCUCAUUGGAUGUGGUUUCUCCACUGGUUAUGGGUCGGCAUUAAAUACCGCCAAGGUGCACCCAGAAUCUACUUGUGCCAUAUUUGGUUUAGGAGGAAUUGGCCUUGCUGUCAUUAUGGGCUGUAAGAUAGCUGGGGCAGCUCGCAUCAUUGGAGUAGAUAUCAAUCCUGACAAAUUUGACAUAGCAAAGGAACUAGGAGCGACUGAAUGUAUAAACCCCAAUGAUUAUGAUAAACCAGUAGCAGAAAUGAUUCUGGAGCAGACUGGAGGUGGCGUGGACUAUGCAUUUGAAUGUGUUGGCCAUGCUGAAACUAUGUUAGCUGCACUACACUCAAGUCACUUUGCAUUUGGAACAACAGUCAUAAUUGGAGCAUCUGCAUCAACUCUUUCCUUUGAUCCAAUGAUCCUGUUGUCUGGACGCACACUUAAAAGCUCUUCUUUUGGAGGCUGGAAGUCUAGGCUGGAAGUUCCAAAAUUAGUUUCUGAUUAUUUGGCAAAGAAAUUUGACCUGGAAAAGUUGGUGACGCACCGAUUACCUUUUCAGAAGAUCAGUGAAGGAUUUGAUCUUUUACAUUCUGGCAAAUGCAUUCGGACAAUCCUGAAAUUUUAAGCAGUGGCUGCAUUCUUCUCCAAGAUGUCAUUUCCAUGAGCCAAAUAAAAAUAAAAACAAUUGUGUGA